UUCGCGCUUAAAAAAUCAUAUCUAAAAAGUUUCAUUUUUGGUUCAUUUUUUUGGUGGGUUUUAGCGAUGAACAAGAUGAACCCGGAUAUAGUGAGUGAACAGUUUUUGACAGCUCAUCAGCUAAAAUGGCGAUUCCAGCGUCUUUUCCAUUGCUACAAAUCUCCAUUGUUGGCUUAAAAUUCUGCGAAUUUGGCGACUAGAAAAAGUUGGUGCUAAAAAAAUAACGCGACAAAAAAGCAAAAUAUGGCAAACCGCAAUAGCAAAAGAGUGACGAAGGAUCAAAAAUAUAUGCUCGUUCAAUAUUUGGAGGAUCAUAGAGAAUUUGCUCACGACAGAUUCGUCAAUGGCACCGGGAGCAAAAGAUUAGCUGAGCAGUGGAACCACCUCGCCGAAAAAUUAAAUGCUUGCGGAGGAUCUAUAAAAGAUGGUGAAGGAUGGAAGAGAGCGUGGGUAAAUAUGAGGAGCAAAGCCAAACAAAAAUCCCAAGAUUUGAGAAAUGCUAUGGAGCGAAGCGGGGUAAAUUCAUCAAUUAAAGAAAAGCAUCUCAGUAACCUCGACGAGCGCAUCAUUGGCGUGAUGACCACAGUGGCAGUGGUCGGUCAAAGAGAAGUUAGCGAGCCACUGAGAAGUUCCAGCGCAGUAACUAGCGUGGAAUUAUUUGACGCCUCUGUGGACCACUUUGAGAUAGAGUUUCUUGAAGGAGGCGAUGAGGAACCCCAAAUGACACCGGAUAUGAUUCCUCAGGAUCCACUUCCACCACAACGUCGGGCUCCCAAACGCAAAAAUUACUCUUUAUAAGAGAGCAACGCCAAAAUGAUACAGUUAGAAGAUCGCAGAGUCGUCUUGGCGGAAAGAAAAAUU